ACUAAACCUGUAACUUUUAAAGGUUUAAUGUUAAAAUAGUUUGAUACAAUGACUAAUUAAAGUCUUAUCGCGUGUUUGUAAUAAUGGGAUCUCGUACACGACAGUUCAAGGUCGUUUUGUUGGGUGAGGGGUGUGUGGGGAAGACGUCACUGGUACUGAGGUAUUGCGAGGAUAAGUUCAAUGACAAACAUAUUACAACACUACAAGCAUCUUUCUUGAACAAGAAACUCAACAUAGGAGGAAAGCGAGUCAACUUAUCCAUAUGGGACACGGCCGGGCAAGAACGCUUCCACGCGUUGGGUCCAAUUUAUUAUCGAGAUUCUAACGGGGCCAUCCUUGUUUAUGACAUCACAGAUGAAGACUCAUUCCAGAAGGUAAAAAAUUGGGUGAAAGAGUUACGGAAGAUGUUGGGCCAAGAUAUUUGUUUAUGUAUCGCUGGCAACAAGAUUGACCUCGAGAAGAGUCGUCACGUUUCUGUCCAAGAAGCGGAGGAAUACGCGGCGUCAGUCGGCGCCAAACACGUCCACACGAGCGCUAAACUCAACAAAGGAAUCGACGAUGUUUUCCUAACUUUGUCCAAAAAAAUGAUGCAAGUUUCCGACGAGCAAGAAGCUCAAAAAUCAUCCACUGGAGGGAGUUCUACGUCGGUACCGGGUCGGGGGAAUUCCCGACGUGGGGUCGUCGUCAUUAGCAACGAGGAGGCUGCGGCGUCGGAACAAAAGUCCGGAUGUUGUAGCUGAUAAUGUCAUCAAGUGAUGAUGUCAUUGUUUUAUGUUUUACGCAUGAUUAUACCUUCAUCAUAGAAACAAUAUAUCAAGCGUUGACUUGCUAUAUUUAUUGUUGUUUAAUUAUUAUGUCGUAAUCAUUUCUAUUUUACUUUGAUUUGCCCAAUUUCUGGUUGCGUGUAAAUAUAUAAAUAAAUUCUACAUACGUUUCAUA